AUGACGGAAAUCGUCUUUGAGUGCUACGGUGCUCCGUCACUAGCGUACGGUAUCGAUUCGCUCUUCUCGUACGCACACAACAAGGGAAACACGGGCAUAGUGGUCUCGUCAUCCUACACCUCUACGCAUGUAAUACCCGUUUACAACCACAAGGCGAUGCUGAACCAAGCCACAAGGCUGAACUGGGGAGGAUGGCAUGCGGCAGAGUAUCUGCUGAGGCUGAUCCGGCUGAAAUACCCUGCCUUCACAGGGAAGCUCAACGUGUCGCAGGCCGAGCACAUGCUUCGCGACCACGCAUACGUCUCAACAGACUACGACAAUGAGCUUCGGGGCUACCUAGACUGGACCGGUCUUGAGGACCGGGACAUCGUCAUCCAGUACCCCUUUACGGAGGAGGUCAUUGUGCAGAAAACCGAGGAGGAGCUGGCACGUAUCGCCGAGCGGAAGAAGGAGAGCGGUAGACGUCUACAGGAACAAGCCGCGAAGAUGCGUCUGGAGAAACUCAUGCGCAAGGAGAACGAGCUCGAAUCACUCAAGAAGCUCCAAGCCAAGCUAGAACAGCAGACCAACAAGAAGGAGGUCAGGCGGCUGUUGGACAGCAACGACCUCAAGGACGAAGCAGCGCUGGAAAGGGCCAUCGCGACGCUGGAGAAGGCGGUCAAGAAGGCACGAACGAAGGACGUCGGCGGCGACCCCGCGGAGGAGCAGCAAGAGCCGGUGUUCGACCUCCUGGACGUGCCGGACGAGGAGCUCGACGACGCCGGCCUUAAGGCCAAGCGCCAACAGAAGCUCAUGAAGUCCAACCACGAUGCGCGCGCGCGCGCCAAGGCCGAGAAGGAAGCCGAGAAGGCCCGCAUUGAAGAGGAGAAGCGGCUGGACGAGGAGCGCCGCGAGAACGACCUCGAGGGCUGGCUCGAGGAGAGACGCCAGGCCCGCGCCGUUACGCUCCAGAAGAUGAAGGAGCGCGAGCGCCUCAAGCAGGAUCUCGGCAACCGCAAGUCGCUCGCGUCGCAGAUCCGCAUGAAGAGCAUCGCGAACCUCGCCUCAGAUAACCCGACCAAGAAGCGCCGCCGCGGCGGGGACGAUGACACCUUUGGUGCCAACGACGACGACUGGGGCGUGUACCGCCAGAUCACAGUCGGCGACAACAGUGACGACGAGCAGGAGGAGGAAAACCUCGAGGCGAACCUCAAGACGUACGAGGAGGACCUGCUCCGCUACGACCCGGAGUUCACGUACGAGCACACGCACGAGGCGCAGACGGACUGGUCCAAGUCAAUGCUGCACGCCUUCGCCCGCGGCCCGCGGCCGUUCGACGCGGGCUCUCAAGCCGAGCUGAACCAGAUCCAUCUCAACGUCGAGCGCAUCCGCGUGCCCGAGGUCGUGUUCCAGCCGUCCAUCGCCGGGGUCGACCAGGGGGGCCUCGUCGAGAUCGUCGGAGACAUACUCAACCAGCGCCUCGGCAGCGUCCCCAACCGCGACGACUUCUUGAAGGACAUCUUCCUGACGGGCGGCAACACCCUCUUCCGCGGCUUCGACGAGCGCCUCCGCCAGGGCCUAACCCCGCUGCUCCCCGCCGACUCGCCGCUCGCCAUCCGCCGCGCCCAGGACGCCCUCCUCGACGCCUGGAAGGGCGCCGCCGGCUGGGCGGGCUCGUCCGCAUGGAAGGCCGCCACCAUCACGCGGGAGGAGUACCAGGAGAAGGGCUCCGAGUAUAUCAAGGAACACGACCUCGGCAACAUGUCGUAUGUAUGA